AUGGAGGUUAUUUUAAACGCUAUUGAACUUGUGACAAAUUCUCAACCAUCGCCAUCUCCUUCAACUGCUACUACUCUCCCAAACUUUCAAAAAUAUUCAACUACUACUAUCAAUAAUAAUUCAACAAACAAAGCCACAACAAAUAAUUCUAAUAAUGCUACUUUAACUGACAACGAACCAUCAUUUCAGAAAUUCUCUAUUCGUCAAGAAAAAGAUUUUACUAAUCAAAUCCGUCAACUCAGUUACAAUUUUAAACCUAUAACUACAUCCAUCAACGAUAUUAUUAACAAAGAAGACAAUGAUAAUUAUAGUACAAGUAAUGAAAACAACGUUUCAUGUCAUCACACGACUGUUGCACAAAAAUCUUAUGGUAGUGAGAAAAGAUUUUUAUGUCCGCCACCGGUAGUAAUCUUUAAUAGACAACAAUCAUCAAACUAUAGCAACAAUAGUAAUAAUUUUAAUGUUAACCAAAAAAAACUUGAACUAUCGAUGGCAGUAUUAUGUGAAAACGAUAUAAAUUCAUCAGAACAUAAAGUGUCACUUGACGACGAUAUGAAUGGUACAUUCAAAUAUUUGUACGUUAAUGGAACUGCUAAAUCUAAAACUUUUACACUUCAAUUGAAAUUAUUUGAAAAAGAAUCCUCGAUUCCACAUCUAACAAUUGAUUCAUCACCUGUUACUAUCAUAUCAAAACCAUCAAAAAAAUCAGCUAAAGCAAAAAAUAUUUCAUUAUGUAUUUUGUCUGGAUCUGAAGUUUCGUUAUUUAAUCUUUUAUCACAUCCCGAGACAGGAUUUAGAUCUGAUAAGUUGAUUAUUUGUAAAGUCGAAAAAAGUCGUAUUUCGCAAAAUGCAAUUGGUCCUGUUAGUCAAAUGCAAAAGGUAGCAUUAAGAUAUGCCGUUGAUGCAACACGAUCAUCCGAUGCUUGUACAAUAAGCUCAUUAUCACCUUUUCUAAGAUAUCAAUCAUCACGUAUAUUUCAAAUGCAAAAUGUAGAAUUCACAAAAGAACCAUUUAAACCAGCAUCAUCCCCAAAUAAAAAUAAUAAUGAAUCAAAUCCCAUUAUUGAAGAAAUUGAUGAUCACCUUUGUUGGACCAUUGUUGGAAUAUGGAAAAAGACAUUAACUAUUCCAUGUAGUGAGGGUAUGUUUUUAGGCGUUUUUAAAAAUGAUUUGGAAAGAUAUUCCCCUGCUAUAAGGUUGUACUUAAGUUCAUUCAUUGGAGAAGAAGGUAACAAAAGGUUAGAAAAUUUACUUGGUGAUGAAUGA